AUUUAUGUGAAAAGACAUAACAUUUGGUGUUUUGUUUGAAACAAGUGUUUGUGAAUUGAAUCCAUUUGUUGACCGAAUUGACCGAAUAUAUCGAAUCGAUGGCCAAUCGGGAGACCAAAGUCGGCGUUCGGGAAAGGGAUCUGUUGUACAAAUUUAUGAUUAGUCAUAUUGUUUCUCAUGUGUUGUCUAUUGUCUUCAGCCAACUCUUCUAUGACGGCCACCAAAACCUGGCCAUCAAUCUGUCGACUGCGGCCAAAGUGACGGACGCCUGUCCACCAUCUGAUCGGUUGCUUAAUCUCGUCUCCAAUGCUCUCAAAUCAGAAGAAGCGGACAACCCGUCGGUGUCGGGCGAUGCCAUACAUCCCGGUUCUGGCAUUGAUCUGGACUUCGAGACCGAACGGACGGGCAGUUCCGUACAGACGAGUCAGUACGAGACGGUGUACGUGACGUCCCAUAAGGGCCCGUGUCGUGCCGGCGCCUUCUCGCCCGACGGACAACUCGUGGCCACCGGUUCUGUGGACGCGUCCAUCAAAAUACUAGAUGUGGAGAGAAUGAUAGCGAAGGGAUGUCCCGGUUCUGACAUACAGGAGGCUUCCGGCCAAACGGAUACCCAUCCCGUCAUUCGUACACUUUAUGAUCACAUGGAAGAGGUCUCAUGCGUUCAGUUUCAUCCGACAGAACUCCUAUUAGUGUCCGGAAGUCAUGACAUGACAGUCAAACUCUACGAUUACGCCAAACCAUCGGUUAAAAGAGCUCUUAAAUCAAUCCAAGAAGCGCAUAUCGUUCGUUGUCUAGCAUUCCAUCCGUCGGGUGAUUAUCUGCUCGUUGGGACACAACACCCGACCCUUCGCUUAUACGAUGUGAAUACCGCUCAAUGUUUUGUGUCCGCCAUUCCCUCCGACCAACACUCGGGUCCCAUAACUCAAGUAAACUAUUCGCCGAAUGCAUCCCUUUAUGUGACCUCUUCUAAAGACGGAGAUAUUAGACUCUGGGAUGGAGUGAGCAAUCGGUGCAUCAAUAUCUUCCCGCGCGCUCACGACGGAUAUGAGAUCUCUUCCGUUGUCUUCUCCAGGAAUGCCAAAUAUGUGCUGUCGAGUGGAAAGGAUUCGUUAGUCAAGUUAUGGGAGCUAUCGAUGUCCAGAUGUCUGAUCGCAUACACGGGUGCCGGCGCUUCUGGCAAACAGACCCAUAGAGCACAGGCCUGUUUCAAUCACACCGAAGACUAUGUUCUUUUCCCGGACGAGAAGUCGACGAGUCUUUGCUGUUGGGACUCACGUAACGCCGAAAGACAGCAAUUGCUAUCGUUAGGCCAUAACAACGCUAUCCGUCAGUUCUGUCACUCUCUAACACAACCGGCUUUCCUAACCUGUAGUGACGACUAUAGGGCGCGCUUCUGGUAUCGCAGACCCGAUAACGUUAAUCUCCCAUAA